AUGUCUUCAAUCUAUGCUUUCCUGACAAACGGAACCCUUCCCACCGAUAAAUCCCAAGCUCGGAAGCUCCGGUACCGAUCGGCAAGAUACACGGUCAUCGACGAUGUUCUGUACAAGCGAGGCUACACCACGCCGUAUCUAAAAUGCCUAACCAGAGAGCAGGGGGACUACAUCCUUCGGGAGGUCCACAACGGAGUCUGCGGUGACCAUUCAGGAUCCCGAUUGCUCGCACACAAAGUCUUCCGACAGGGAUAUUUAUGGCCGACUCUGCACCAAGAUUAG